CACAAUCUACCCAGGGCGCCAACUAUUCCAACAAGCAUCAUGGCGUCCAGUGUGGUCCUGCGGAUCAAGCGCAAACGCAACGAUGAGCCCAUCGAGCAGUUGGCAGUACACGGUCAACAGGACCUCCAGAAAAAGAUUCGUCUGGAAGAUGCGUUGAACAGUCUGUCAUUAGCCCAAGGUGGAGACAAGACGUCCUCGACAACAACCGACACUUCUCCUGGAACAUCCAUCUUCGUGUUUUCGCGCAUCGAUACCGUGUCAUCGGCAUCGAAUGACAAGCAGUUGCAACGUCGGUUGGAAAAGAGUAUUCAGCGUUACCACUCGGAAAUGCUGAAGAGAGAUCGUGUGCUCAAGACGAAGGUGAAUUCGAAGGAUGUACACCAAGCCCAGCGACAGCAGAAGCGUAUACAGCGCAUUUACCAAGGACGGGGGCUGAAUGUUGUCGAUGUGGACGUUCCGCGAAAUGAGGACAACUGCGACCUGCUGGUGAACAACACGGCCAUGAGAACGAAGUCCGCCAAUCGAGUUCUGAACCCCAUGGAGCGCAACAUCGACGAGGCCAUCUGGAUAGCAUUUCAACGCAAUGAUUUCAGCGUGUUCUUUCAAGUGAAGCACCAAAUCUCAAACGCGUACGAGUUCCAACGACCAGCCGACGGCGGGACGAUUCUCAUGGCAGCGGCGAUGCACAACCGCGUGGAUGUGAUCGAACUGCUUUUGGCCCAUAGUUCAGCCAGCAUCCUGCUGCGAGAUGGACACGGCAAAACAGCGGCGGACAUUGCGUCGGACCAAGGCCAUGCCAUGGCUGCCGCUGCAUUGCGCGCGUGUGAAUCUGUCGAAGCUGAAAAAGACUACGUGUACGAUGUGUACAGCAUCGAUAUCACUGCCACUCAAGACAUCACUCCAUCCAACUCGAAAAAGGAUCUGCCAGUUGUGUCAGUGAGCUCGUCUGUGGAAAGAUGGCUGGCACAUGAAGCGUUUGGGGACUUGGAUUCGGCAGACCGCGAUCUCGUUUACGACGUGGACGGAAACGACAGCGACAAUGAAAUGCUCGAGUACGACACUUCACACACGCUCCUGUUUUGGCAUGCUCAAGUUGUGCCAGGGAUGACGAAGACUCUAACGAUGAAGACAACGUUGCGAACGAUUACCCUGACGAAGAGGAAUCCGCCUUUGAUUCGGACGACUCCCGGGAUCAUGACAUAAACAGCGACGGCGAACCUUGGACGAAACACCGCGACUGGGAUGAUGCCGACGACUACUAAUUCCUCCCAUCUUAUGCAGCUUUCCCGCGUGAUCGCCACAAUGGAAUGGAUCAGUGCCCACGUCUCAUUCAGUCGCCCGAACUCCCUUUUGAUGCUACCUCACGCGCGCCGAAGCUGCCGCCGACAAGCAUUCAAGCGCUUGUCUACCCAAUGAAUCUGUCGCGUCCGUAGCUCGUGGUGGUGAAGCAUGCCGUCUAGUGUUCGAAAGCCUCUAUAAUACAAUAAAUGUGGAUACAAUAUUUGAC